AUUGGCACUGUGACGAAAGCUGACACUAUGACACGUGGCUUUUUAAUAUCAUCACUGACAAAAAGGUGACGUGGAUCUUGCAUCCUGUCCAGUGAGAGGGUGACAGUGACAGCGAAAACAUCUCUCAGUGUCCCAGUCUACAAGAAAGUGCCAGCCAAGGCCACCAUGAGAGCGUUGGCACUGUCCAUCCUGGCAGUGACCUUAGCCCUGGGUCACGCCCUCCCCUACAGCAAAGGGUUCCUGCCGCCCCCGUCGCCGGUUCAGCUCCCGCAGAAGGGUCACCAGGGAACACCGGGCCUCCAUGUCGGGCUGGAGGAGAGCUCGGAGGCUAGCGGAGAAGGCGACGACGAAGACGAUCUCAAGGACGACCCCGAUUGGGUGCCCACGGCGGAGGACUACAAGGAUGCUGAGGACGACGACGACGACGACGAUUCGUAUGAGUAUUACGACGACACUGUCGAUGAACCGGAUUAUAACGAAGAGGAAGAUGAACUCUGGUCUUCUGAUGACGAUCCCGAUUGGCAUCCUGAAGGUGUGAGCGAGGAAGACAGUCACAACGAUGACGAGGACGAACUUUGGUCAUCCGACGAGGACCCUGAUUGGGUACCCGAAUAUCACAGUAACGAAGACAGUUCCGAUGAAGUGGGUCAGACCAGCACAGAAAAUAAAAUUGGAGACCUCGACCAAGACCUCAUCCAGGAGCUCGCCGAGGCCAUGCUUGUGAGAGCAGAAGGACAGGCCACUCUCGAGGAGAUGAUCAACCUCAUCGUGAGCCUCGAGAUGACGCGGGAGGAGGCCCUCGAAGCCUUGGACGGCCUCUACAAGAUGAUCGCGGAGAACCAAGGGAAGGGACAGAGCAAAGGGCAGGAGCCGAACCCCAAUGACUUAGACCAGACGCGUCCUGAGAUCCCCCGUCCGUCUCCCGAGAGCGAGUCCUUCAGCAAAAGACCCCUUCGUCAGUACAAGGGCCAGUACUCCCAGCAACAGGACCAAUACCGACAAGCCGACCAGCUGGAUUUAGCGCACGGGGUGGAGCCUCUGUCGCCGGGAAGCCAAGGGAGGGUGGACGUCGGCCUUGGAGUGGAGCCGGUGGAGGAGGAGGACGACGGGUAUUCCGUCGGCGACUGGUUCAGGGACAGAUGGAACGCCGCCUCGGACAAGGUAGAAGACCUCGGAGAUCGCGCCGAAGACGCUUUCCACGAUAUCGGACACUCGAUCUCUGGCGCGGUGGAGACGGCGGUCGACAAGGUUCACGAAACGGCUCACGCGGCAGGUGAACACAUUGUAAGCACCUAUGAAAAAGCUAAGGAGAAACUGGCCAUCUUAAAGGAACGUUUGGCAACCAUUUUCACCAAACUGGGAGUGACCAUCCAGCUCGGAGUCGAAUACUGCUUCCAGAAACUCGCUCACGCCGUUGAUCAGGUUCGAAGCAGCCAGGUCUUUGACAAAUUGGAGCAGGAACUCCAGAAGGGCAACGAGCAAGUGUCUGAAUUCUUCUCUGUCUUGGGUCAGAAGAUCACAGCCUGGAAGGCAGAGCACCCAGGCACAGAUAUCGAUGCUGGUUUAGUAGUCCACCAUGGCCAACAGGAUGGCCAGGGAGAUCAGCUGGGUCAUAGUGUGGAUGGGACACAGUAUGGAGAGCAAGCUGUACCGGAGUUCUUCUGGGACCAGCAAGUGGUAGGUGAGCUGGAUAAGCUGGUGGAGCAAGGCGUGUUGACACAGGAUGACCUCCAGGUGUUCCCGCUACAACAGUCAACUCAGGGCUACGCCAGAGAGCGCAGGGAGAGGAUGGUGAGGUCUUGGGUGGAUUCCCUGAGGCACUUCGCUUAAUAGGGCCACUUAAAGUAACACACAGAUGUAUAUACACACAUAUCCACCUACACACGGCUAUAUGUACACAUGGAUAGACGCACAUACACACACACACUCGCCUACUCUUCUUUCUCUUUCUCACGUAAGCACGUGCACAUACACACAAACACGCACCACACACACACACACACACACACACACACACACACACACACACACACACACACACACACACACACACACACACACACACACACACACACACACACACACACACACACACACACCACACACACACACACACACACAACCUUUUCCCAAUUUUUAAUCUUUCUUUUUGUUUAAUGCCUUUCAAAAUUAGCCAAAAGGAUGUCAUUGUCACGUUCAGGUUUAUAUAUGCAAUAUUUAAAGAUCAUAUGUUGCAUCUGUAAUUUCUAUGUGUAUCCUGUUUUCGAGAUUAAUAAAAGAAAUAAUGUUCAAAGGUCA